UGUCACUUUCUGGGGGUUGUUGAGUGAGAGGAGAGCGAGGGAUCCUCGAAGUAGAUCUCCAUCGUUUGGCCUUGUAGCCAAGCAUAUAAACAGGCCAGGCCAGCGUAAUCAACAUUAUUAUUUAUUUGUGCAAGCAAUUUUCUUAUCCUAUCCAAUCCAAUCCUUGUUCUUGAUCUGGUGGAGCAUUUGAUUUGAGUGGGUAGAUCAUCGGGGAUCGAAAAUGAAGGUGAUAGAGAAGAUGAGAGAGGCUGAAAAAGCAGACAAAGUGGUGUUCUCGUUCGAGUUCUUUCCGCCGAAGACGGAAGAUGGGGUGGAGAAUCUGUUCGAGAGGAUGGAGAGAAUGGUGAUUCAUAAUCCAUCAUUCUGCGACAUAACAUGGGGAGCAGGUGGAUCCACAGCAGAUCUGACUCUGGAGAUAUCCAACAGAAUGCAGAACAUGGUGUGCGUGGAGACCAUGAUGCAUCUCACCUGUACCAACAUGCCCGUUGAGAAGAUCGACCACGCCCUCGAUUCCAUCAAAUCUAACGGCAUCCAGAACGUCCUCGCCCUCCGCGGCGACCCUCCUCACGGCCAGGACAAGUUCGUCCAAGUCCAAGGCGGCUUCGCCUGUGCCCUCGAUCUGGUUAAACAUAUUCGAUCCAAAUAUGGUGACUACUUCGGCAUAACCGUUGCUGGUUAUCCAGAGGGACAUCCUGAUGUCAUCCAAAGUGAUGGGUUGGCCACACCGGAGGCAUAUCAGAACGACCUUGAAUACCUUAAGAGAAAGGUUGAUGCUGGAGCUGAUCUUAUUAUCACUCAACUUUUCUACGAUACUGAUAUCUUCCUCAAGUUUGUGAAUGAUUGCCGUCAAAUUGGAAUAAAUUGUCCCAUCGUUCCGGGUAUUAUGCCCAUUAAUAACUAUAAGGGCUUCAUCCGCAUGACCGGUUUUUGCAGAACUAAGAUACCAGCUGAGGUUACUGCUGCCUUGGAGCCUAUCAAGGACAAUGAAGAAGCUGUUAGAGCUUAUGGAAUUCACCUCGGAACUGAAAUGUGCAAGAAGAUAAUGGCUAACGGAAUCAAGACAUUGCAUAUUUACACGUUAAACAUGGAAAAAUCAGCAUUGGCAAUAUUAAUGAAUCUUGGACUGAUUGAAGAAACCAAAAUUUCAAGGCCCUUACCGUGGAGACGCCCUGCAAAUGUUUUCCGUGUUAAAGAAGAUGUUAGGCCAAUAUUUUGGGCUAAUCGUCCAAAAAGCUACAUAUCAAGGACAAUAGGUUGGGAACAAUAUCCACAUGGGCGAUGGGGUUAUUCUCAUAAUGCAUCAUAUGGAGCACUGACUGACCAUCAGUUCAUGCGACCCCGUGCACGUGACAAGAAACUUCAUGACGAAUGGGCUGUCCCUUUGAAGAAUGUUGAAGAUAUUCAUGAGAAAUUUUGGAAAUACUGCCUUGGGAAACUGAGAAGCAGCCCUUGGUCAGAGUUGGAUGGCCUUCAGCCAGAGACAAAGAUCAUCAAUGAACAGUUGGUGAACAUGAACUCAAAGGGUUUUCUCACGAUAAAUAGUCAACCAGCUGUUAAUGGAGCAAAGUCUGAUUCCCCUUCUAUUGGAUGGGGCGGAGCAGGUGGAUAUGUGUACCAGAAGGCCUACGUAGAGUUUUUCUGCUCCAAGGACAAGUUGAAUGCUCUUGUUGAGAAAUGCAACGCUUUCCCGUAUGUCACGUACAUGGCUGUGAACAAAGAUGGAAUCUGGAUUUCUAACGUCAGCCAAACUGAUGUAAAUGCGGUGACAUGGGGAGUAUUCCCAGGCAAGGAGAUCAUCCAACCAACUGUGGUGGAUCCUUCCAGCUUUAUGGUGUGGAAGGAUGAGGCAUUUGAGAUUUGGUCAAGAGGAUGGGCUCAAUUAUACCCAGAGGCUGACCCAUCCAGAAAUCUGCUCGAGGAGGUGCAGAGCAGUUACUUCUUGGUCAGCUUGGUAGAUAAUGAUUACAUCAGUGGUGAUUUGUUUGCUGUUUUCAAAGAUUUCUGAGAUGAGAGACAGCUGGAUUUCUCACUUUGUUAAAUGCCACUGAGGCAGGGAUGGAACCAGGAUUUUAUCAUCGAAGGGGCCGAAGACAAAUGAUUUUUUUUCACCAUACACGUAUGUAUGUACAAUAUAAUAUAUAAACUAUAUAUAUGCAUAAAAAAUAUCCAAAUAUCAUAGAAGUAAUCUCUUUUCGGAUAAAUAAAUUUUUUUCAUACAAAAAAAGAAAAAAAGAAAAAAAACAGAGAAUGUAAGAUGGUAGAAAAAUGAGAUAUAAAUCUUUUAUAUUAAGAGGUUAUUUUAUUAGUUAUAAAAUAAGAUAUAUAUGUUAAAAGUGUUAUGGUAAACAAAGUUAUUAAUUGAAAUAAGAAACAAUCUCUUGUAGUAUUCUCCUGGUUCCGUCCUGAGCUGAAGCAAUUAUUAAUUGAAAUAAGGUAGACUAUGGUUAUUGUUGUCGUUAUCGUUAUUGUUUGUGAUAGAUUGGAUUGGAUUAUAUUUUCUACUCUUAAAUUGCCGAUAUGUAAUAACAAUUAAUUCCUUCUGGAAUUUUUGAUACCUUCCUGUCUUCAUAAUGCAAAUUGCACAUGGAGGAGUGGGGCAGCCAUUUUAAUUCAUCUAUAAGCAGAAUUUAUGCCUU